GGAGGAGGAGGACAGGAGGAGGAGGAGGAGAACUAUCUUCUUCCCCCGGAAUAUGUUAAAGCUGUAUUUAGACUGAAAGAUACCCCAAAUACAGCUAGAAUGACCGUACAUUGUAUUGGGGGGAAGAAGGUAGGAGGCAGUGAAGAACAGGAGGAGGAGGAGGAGAAGGUAGAGGAGGGGGAGGAGGAGGAGGAGGAGGAGAAUGAGGAGGAGGAGGCGGAGGAGGAGGAGGAGGCGGCGGCGGCGGAGGAGGAGGAGGCGGCGGCGGAGGAGGAGGAGGAGGAGGAUUACAUCUACAUGAGUAGAGGAGGAGGAAGUAUUAGGAUUAGGAGGAGGAAGAGGAGCGAAGAGGGGGAGGAAAUAGGAUAUCUUGGGGGGAGGAGGGGAGAGUUUUCCAACGACAUUAGUUAUCCCCUUGCCCCAAUCUCUAGGUUGCUGCAGAGAGGCAUACCGGUACUGGAGAGGUGCAGGAGAGCUGUAUCGGGGAGGUUAACGCGAUUGCCUAGAAGGACUCCGUCAAAUGAUGAGAUAUAUCGUGCGCGGGAGGGGUUUGCGAGGGCGCUGGAACAGCUCGAUUCUAGGAGGCCGCCCGGUACCCAUGGUGCCUAUGCAGCCACAGAGCUGGAGCUCGACCUGGACUUGGAUCUGGACAUGCAGUCAGAACCGUGCCGGUGGGAUGGUACCACUACUACUGCAGAAUUGCUGGACCGGCAGCUGAGCGACUUACGGGAAUGGCAGGCUGGGAAUGCACAGGAGUGUUUUGCCUCUGACGGUGAAUCUCUAGGCGUGCCUCACCUGGGGGUCGAUGACGUGCAGUGGUUGAGCAGAGAAGAUGUGGAUGCGGAUGCAGAUGUUGCGUGGGAAGUGGAUGCGCGCACGAAUGAUGCCAGCAGCAUCUCCAAGGAUGACAGCAGAUGGAGCGUUGACGAGAGCUCGGGGCGGCUGACUGAGCAGCAGUGUGUGCCUUCGACUUCGAUGGAGACUGUGAUCGACUUCGCCCUCAGCGAACAUGGGGGAACUUGGGACAGAGUUUAUCCCCCUGACGCCUUUACCACUGAUCUGACUGUCGUUCCCAACCCGCCGAUCGUCUGCCCCCCGGUUUCUACGUCAUCGCCCCGAGGGCCGAAUGGGCAACCGAAACCGCCGUGGCGCCGGACAAUCGGAGGUCUGCAGUAUGGCGUAGGAUUGGCAGGACUAAUGGCACCUCGCACUGCAGUCGGUGGUGCAGAAGAUGGUGUGCAUAAACCGCGCAAGGUACAGAAGAAUCCGGUCAAUGCGAGCACAAAGCUGUGGCGAAGGCGAGGGCUUGGGAGCAAUCACGUGCUCGGGGCCCAGUCUUGGUCGAAGAAGAGACUGAAGCUGGCAAGGAGGAGGAGUGAGAGGAGCGAAGAGUCGGAGAUGGGGGAUGUGUUGUUGACAGGUGACACCGUGACGGCAGGGGUGGCUGUACUCAGCUCGGCACUGAUGUCGAAACAGCAUUCUGUAGGUACAUAUGCAUCGUCGUAUCUCCACAGCCGAAUGGAUGGCGUGAUGCGGAUCCUGAGCGAGCAAACAGAUGCGAACUUGGCAAGUCACGUAUUCGAGUGGGCAAAGCAACAAGAGUGGUAUGUUCCCGACGGUCGGACGUAUGCCGAGCUCAUCAGGAUCAUGGUGUGGGGUGGCCACAUGGACCUGGCAGAGGAAUUGGUCAAGGAGAUGGAGAUGCUAGGCUAUGUUGACGAAGAUACACUGAUGGUAAUGCUUGGGGCUUACAUUAGGGAAGGGGCGCACGACAAAACUGGGGGCGUCUGCAAGCAGAUGCUUGAUGCGGGAUUCAUCACGCAAAACAUGUACGGGACGAUGGUGUCGCUUGUCGCAGAUCUGGAGGUCAUGAAACGGUGGCGCCACGUCAUCGAGGAACUGUUUGCAGGUAGUAGUAUGCUUAAUCGGGGCGCACACAUCAAGGACGAUGGUGUCGCUUAAUCGGGGCACACGUCGAGGACAAUGGUGCCGCUUAAUCGGGGCGCACACGCCGAGGACGAUGGUGUCUCUUAAUCGGGGUGCACACGUCGAAGAGGAAGGAGCUGUGCAGGAACCGGGAGAGGGUAAGCAUUGGUAUUUGGGGGUUAAGGGCGUAGUCAAUUAGAUGACGAGACUCAAAACAUCCACAUAGCCAUGGCCUUUUCGGUGGAGGGAAGAGGUUCAAAGGCCGAGGAUUGUGGAGUCAGAAAGGGGAUAAAAGGUAAUUGAAGGCUUGCUGUGGCUCCUCCUUCGAGCCAGAAAAAUGCGUAGAGAAAGCGGCUGCUGAGGGUGGCGUAGCAUUAUGGAUCAGUUCGCUGGUGCUUGCAUACGUUGGCUGCCGAUCAUCUGUAUGUCGUUUUGUUAGUUCGGGGCUGGCGAGUGCAUGUCUGUGAGAUGGGCGGAGGCUGGUGACUUUGCAGCCAUGAGAUGGGGGAGGCUGGUGACUCUGUAGCCAUGAGGUGGGGUCUGCUCCCAUAGAGGGGACAGAAAGGAGUACCUCUCACCUAGCGUGAUUCAACCUGCUUGCCAGCAGCAUUGUUAUCUCGUCACUGUGUGCUCUGGGCCCAUCAGUCCAUCUAGGACCGAUCUAGUUCUUUCCCAGUUUCAAAGUGGUACCUGUUCCACUUUUCAACAACGCGUCAUGGCUGUCGUGGGUAUGAUGCUUGGCUCUUGAGGCCCAAGGGUGUAGUUAUGAUGCUUGGCUAGUGAGGCCCAAGGGUGUGGUUACGAUGCUUGGCUCUUGAGGUCAAGGGUGCCGGUUCGAGUCCGCGUGCUUUCAUGCGGAGGGAUCCAACGCCGUGGAAGUGCUGAUCUGUACCUAGCUUGGUAACCUGCCUGGAAAUCAUACCGGGAGCGUUGGGGGAAAGGACCCCUUGUGGUUGAGGGCCAUGUGCUGGAUCAAGGGCAUGUGCGUGAGAGACUGCCGUGUGGGAGUGAGUAUGGACACUGCGGCCAUGCAGGGGUGGGGUGGAUAUCGCGGCCCGUGCGGUUCCGCCUUUGAACACCAUGUCAGCCACAGCAUGUCAUGGCUGUAGUGGUUAUAUUGCUUGGCUCUUGAGGCCAAGGGUGCCGGUUCGAAUCCAUAUGCUGUCAUGCGGAGGGAUCCGAGGCUUUGGAAGUACUGAUCUUGUUUCAGUCAGCGGCAUCAGCUGCGUAAAAGAACAGGGUAGCAGCAUGGAGAGGGAGGCAAAUCAGAUCCUGGCAUAACAUGGCUGGAUGAGUAAGCAAUGCGGAUCGUGCUCUGCUCAACAUUGCAGUGAUGGUCCAGCCCCUACUGGAGCUGAGUUCGUGGUAAGUCAGCAUGAAUGUGGUCAGUUUGGACUCUGGAGCAUAGUACCAGCAGGCCCUGGUCUACGUCUUCAUAAUGACAUCCAACGACCGGAACCUAAAGCCUUGAUCUAGCAGUAAUCGACUAUGUUUGUAGGAUUGGUUCAGCACUGUUAGCUGAUGAGCGAUUGCUACGUUGACUUCCGACCUUGGGUGUCGCUCCAGCGGCUCCACUAUUCGCAAGACGUGCAAAACAAGAAUGAGUCUUCCGCUAGAAGCCUAGAACAUGGGAAGAUACGCCGCCAUAUUUCUUGUAGUUUUCAACUUUUUUGUGCAUCUGGAGAGCAGUGGAGCCACUGGAGCGAGGCCUCUUGUAUCACGAUUGCUGAUCCACACAACAAAAUAGAGGCUGUUUCAUCUCAGGGCCCCGCUGACUUGCAGCAGGGCCCUGCUAAUACAAGGGCAGUAGUCAACGCACCGAUUGCUGCAAUCCUAAACCCACAAAACAAAAUGGAGGGUGUUUA